UCUCUUCCUUCAGUUUGUAAAUUAAGGCAAAAGUUUAAUCUGAAUAAAAUGCACAAGUCCGGGGAUGUGCUUCUGGGUGGGCUGUUUGAAGUCCACUACACCUCUGACUUCCCUGAACGGACGUUUACCUCAGAGCCACAGCAGCCAAUGUGUAAAGGUUUUGACACUCUAGGGUUCAGACAUGCCAUGACUAUGGCUUUUGCCAUUGAUGAGAUCAACAAGAGCUCCAGGCUGCUACCGAAUGUGACUCUGGGAUACAGUCUUUAUGAUAACUGUGGUGCACUUGUUAUUGGAUUCAGUGGUGCCUUAUCACUUGCCAGUGGCCAGGAGGAGCAGUUCCCGCUUCAGGAAAACUGUUCAGGGACUCCUCCAGUUAUAGGGAUUGUUGGGGAUCACUAUUCAACCUUUUCCAUUGCCAUGGCUAAUGUGCUAGGUUUAUACAAAAUGCCGAUUGUGAGUUAUUUUGCCACAUGCUCCUGCCUGAGUAAUCAACAACGGUUUCCAACCUUCUUUAGAACGAUCCCAAGUGAUGCUUUCCAGGUGCGUGCUAUGAUUCAGAUUCUAAACCACUUUGGCUGGACGUGGGUCGGUCUGCUUGUCAGUGACGAUGAUUAUGGACUCCAUGUUGCCCAGUCCUUCCAGUCUGACCUGGCUCAGCCUGGAGGAGGCUGCCUGGCCUAUCUAGAGGUUUUGCCCUGGGACAGUGACCCAGGUGAACUCAAUAGGAUCGUACAUCUGAUAAAGAAAUCAACAGCUCGUGUUGUUAUCGUGUUUGCACAUGAGAUUCACUUGUUCCAGCUAAUGGAAGAGGUGGUGAGGCAAAAUGUAACAGGCCUCCAGUGGAUGGCAAGUGAAGCCUGGACUGCAGCUGCUGUGCUCCAGACACCAGAUUUCAUGCCAUACCUGAGCGGCUUACUGGGUAUCGCUAUCCGUCGAGGAGAAAUACCAGGCCUCAAAAACUUCCUCUUACAAAUCAGUCCUGACCAAAAUGAUGACGAAAAUAACAUUGUAAGAGUGAGACAGUUUUGGGAACACACAUUUAAGUGUAAAUUUGGUCCAGCAGGAAAGGUGGAGGCAGGGGGGAAACUCUGCACAGGAGAGGAAGAUAUUACACAUGUGGAGAGUGAGUUCUUAGAUGUUUCAAACCUGCGGCCAGACUACAACGUCUACAAGGCGGUUUAUUCCCUGGCUUAUGCUCUUAAUGACAUGCUGGAGUGUGAGCCAGGAAAAGGGCCUUUCAGUGAACACAGCUGUGCCACUUUGCAAACUUUGGAGCCGUGGCAGCUUGUUCAUUAUUUGCAAAAGGUCAGCUUCACCACACCCUUUGGUGAUCUGGUGUCAUUUGAUGAAAAUGGUGAUGCUUUACCAAUAUAUGAUGUUAUGAACUGGCUUCCACUCCCUGAUGGAAGAGUUCGAGUUCAGAAUGUGGGUGAUGUGAAGAAAUCAGCAUCCAAAGGUGAAGAACUCACACUAAGCGAAGAUAAAAUCUUCUGGAACUUUAAGUCAAAAGAGCCUCCUCAGUCAGUGUGCAGUGAGAACUGUCUGCCAGGUACUCGGAUGGCUAGAGAAAGAGGACAACCUGAAUGCUGUUUUAGCUGCAUCCCAUGUUCAGAUGGAAAGAUAAGCAAUGAGACCAAUUCCUUGGAGUGUAUUUAUUGUCCUGAGGACUUCUGGUCCAGCCCCCAACGAGACCACUGCACCCCUAAAAAGACAGAGUUUCUCUCCUAUCAGGAGCCUCUUGGUAUCUGUCUGACAACCACCUCAUUGCUGGGCACAUUUAUCUGUGCUGUUGUCUUGGGGAUCUUCACCUAUCACCGACAAACACCUUUAGUACGAGCCAACAACUCAGAACUGAGCUUCCUGCUCUUAGUGUCACUUAAGCUCUGCUUCCUGUGUUCACUGCUCUUCAUUGGACGACCCAGACUGUGGACAUGCCAACUGAGACAUGCAGCAUUUGGGAUCAGCUUUGUGCUUUGUGUCUCUUGCAUCUUGGUUAAGACCAUGGUGGUUCUGGCCGUCUUCAAAGCCUCCAAACCAGGAGGGGGAGCCAUUCUCAAGUGGUUUGGUGCCAUACAGCAAAGAGGGACUGUUUUAGCUCUCACUUGCAUUCAGGCAGUAAUCUGCGCAGCUUGGCUGGUUUCUUCCUCUCCAGCUCCAUAUAAAAACACUCAAUACCACAAUGACAAGAUUGUUUAUGAAUGUGUAGUUGGGUCCACUGUUGGUUUUGCUGUGUUACUGGGUUAUAUUGGUUUAUUGGCUGUUCUUAGUUUUCUUUUAGCAUUUCUGGCAAGAAAUCUUCCAGACAACUUUAAUGAGGCCAGAUUCAUCACGUUCAGCAUGCUGAUCUUCUGUGCUGUGUGGGUGGCCUUUAUUCCCGCUUAUAUUAACUCCCCAGGCAAAUAUGCAGAUGCAGUGGAGGUUUUUGCCAUCCUGGCCUCAAGUUUUGGUCUCUUGGUGGCGCUGUUUGGUCCCAAAUGUUACAUAAUCCUGAUGAGACCAGAACAAAACACAAAGAAAGCUAUAAUGGGCCGUGGUACAGCAUAG